UCAUCAUCAUGAUCAUUGCCCUCCUGCUAGCGAUAGCCUUCACUGCGACGGCAGUGCUGCUGUUGUCUGUGUACCGACUGUCAACAAUUCUAAGCUUAGAUCGACUAAAGCCUGUAAAAGCAAAAGGGCAAGAUGUCGACAAACCCAUCCAUUUACUAGUCGUCCUUGGAAGCGGUGGUCACACAGCCGAGAUGAUCGCAAUGCUCCAAAGGGCCAUCUCCAACGAAAAUGCCAACUUGCGAUUAGAUUGGGAUCGAUUCACACAUCGCACAUGGAUUGUGAGUUCCGGUGAUACAAUCUCCGCCGAGCGAGUAAGAAGUUUCGAGACUACAGCAGCGAGCCAACGACAAGGAGAAAUCGCAAAGUCAAAAUCGGAACCUUCGAUUCAAAGCAAUUCCGAUUCGUACAAUGUGCACAUUAUUCCUCGUGCAAGGAGGAUCCAUCAACCACUCUAUACAGCACCUUUCAGCUCUUUACGAUGUCUUCUUUCAUGCCUUUCAGUCCUCCUUGGUCGCAGCGGCACCAGCGCCAAUGCCACCAAGCUCGACUUCCCCGACUUGAUCAUUUGCAAUGGCCCAGCAACGGCCACGAUCAUGAUCUUCGCAUCAAUCAUCCUGCGAUUCUUCGAUGUCGGGGGUUGUCAUUCCCGUGGCAAGAUGCGGACCAUCUAUGUUGAGUCUUGGGCUCGGGUCAAGAAAUUGAGUUUGUCAGGGACUUUGCUCCUGCGAGUUGUGGACAGGUUCCUUGUGCAGUGGCCGCAGCUGGUGCAGCCGGGCGGUAAGGCCGAGUACAUCGGCGUUCUUGUUUGAGCUCAUCCAAAAAUUACGAGCGUCGUACGACAAUAUCGCCAUCGGGUUUCGUGAAGAUAGUGUGCUGUAUCCAUAUUGCAGGUGCUCAGGGCUUAAAUGAGCACACAUCACCUUUUGUGCCCUGCCCGUUGUCUGAUUAUGUUCGGGAGUGGCCCUCAAUGAAGCACAACUGCUGAGCUGGCUCGUGUAUUAUACAGCUUGGCGACAUCAGCCACCUGUAUAACAACUUCACUCGCCAACCGACCAGAAACAUCGCGCAUCACGGCAUUGCGCCAAAGACCGAAAGGGAGAAGUUUGAACUUACUUGAUUACAACCAGUCACGCUUGUCGGCCCAUCUGCUCGACGGCCAAUUCAGGUACAAGUAAGGUCCGGUUUUAGUU